AUGGCUCAACAGACAAGUGCUCCACAACUUAACCUCCCAUUGAGACCAGCAAGCAAAGCAGUGGCAGAUGACGACGAAAAAUUUAGAGCAGUAAUCACCAAGCUCGAGCAAGAACAUCCCACUGCAAUCGAGCAACUGGUUACCAACCCACCAGGACAAAACAAAUAUCUGGCAAUUAAAACUGCAUUGAUAAAUUACUACUCAUUAUCUCGGGAAGAGAGCUUCAGAACUCUUGUUUCCGGACUGUCACUAAAAGGUCGACGACCUUCGGAAUUAUAUGCUGAAAUGUGCAAGCUCCCAGGUAACGCAGUAGGUCCAGAAUUCAUCAGAACCAUGUGGAUGGAUCGAAUGCCUAAAGACAUGCAGAUGAUCUUAUCACUCGCCGAGACUCUGGACAGCAGCAUACUACUUGAAUUAGCUGAAAAAACAAUGUCACUAUGCGCCAAAAAUGCUAACCCGCAAGUAGCCGCAAUAGCACGAAAUCCACACAAGGAUUGCGACGAGAAAUUCCAGAUUCUUACAAAAGAAAUGAAAAAUCUGUCAACAAAAAUCGACAGCUUAGUCGGGGCUCAGAGAAAAUCUCGCAGCAACUCCCCACAUCCUCAGGGAAGUGACUCUCGAACCAAUAGCGCUGAUCGAGCACCAAAGCUUUGCUUUUACCACAAAAAAUUUGGAGCACUAGCAUUCAAAUGCGUGCCUAAAUGUUCCUGGGAUGAGAACCAGGGAAACUCUCAAAGCCAUCAAUAG